AUGGCAUCCGCUCAAGGCAAGACUGUUCUCGUUACCGGCGCCGCCGGUGGUCUCGGCAAGGUGAUUGCUGAGACCUUCCUCGCCGCUGGUGCCAACGUUGUCAUCUGCGAUGUCAACGAGCAGCGUAUCUCGACUGUUGAGGAGGAGUGGACCAAGACCUACGCCGACCGCUUCCUCACCAAGCAAACCGACGUGUCCAACGAGGCUGCCGUCCAGGAGCUCGUCGACGCUUCCGUCGCCAAGUUCGGCCGCCUCGACGUCCUCGUCAACAACGCCGCCAUCAUGGACGACUUCUCUCCAGCUGGCGACUGCUCUAAGGAGCUCUGGGACCGCGUCCUGGGCAUCAACCUCACUGGCCCCUUCCUCACCACCAAGGCGGCCGUGAAGCAGUUCGAGAAGCAGGGGCAACCUGGUGGCGUCAUCGUCAACAUCGGCUCCAACGCCGGCUACAUGGGCUUCGAGGCCGGCGUCGCCUACACCGCUUCCAAGCACGGCGUCAUGGCGCUGACCAAGAACACGGCCGGCUUCUACGCCGACAAGGGCAUCUACUGCAUGGCUCUGCUGUUGGGCGGCCUGGCCGGCACCAACAUUGUCGAUUCCUUUGCCAAGGGCAUGCACAUGGAGAUGUACCAGAAGGUCAUGGCUAGCGGCUCGCCAUUUGUGCCCGGCAAGAACGAUACCCCUCUGGAAUCCAUUGCCAAGUACUGCCUGUUCCUGUCGCAGAGCGAUAUUGCGCCCGUGUCGAACGGUUCUUGCAUCGUUUUCAACAGGAAUUGGCCUGUGGCGUAA